AUGGCUCUUUAUGCACGGGCCCAGCCGAGCCGAGUCGAACCGGGGGCGCCGGACUUCCCCGAUCCGCUAGUUUCCGAACAGAUGGCCACCUUGGUGAUGCUGCUGCUAGGCACCUCACUGAUGACUGCAACAGGGGCACCUGCUGUCUCCCAGCCCCCCAAGGCACUCGGGUACCCCAGUGACUGCCAGCUGGCCAGGUUCCAGUCACUGUCUCCUCAGGAGCUUCAGGCCUUCAAGAGAGCCAAGGAUGCUUUGGAGGAAAUGCUGCAACUGAAGGGCUGGAACUGCACUGGGCGCCUGUUCCCAAGGAAGAGAGACUUGAAGCAGCUGCAGGUGUGGGAGCGACCCGUGGCCCUGGAGGCUGAGCUGGCCCUAACUCUGCAGGUCCUGGAGGCCAUGGCUGAGCCAUCCCUGGGGCCUAUGCUGGACCAGCCUCUGCGCACCCUGAAACUCAUCCACACCCAUCUUCAGGCCUGUGUUCCUCCUCAGCCCACAGAGACCCCCCGACCCCGGGGUCGCCUCCAACAAUGGCUGCAGAGGCUCCAGGAGGCGCCACACAAGGAAUCCCAGAGCUGCCUGGAAGCCUCAGUCACUUUCAACCUCUUCCGGAUGCUCACUCACGACCUGCGAUGUGUGGCCCAAGGAGCACUGUGUGUCUGA